UCCCUCCCUCCCGGCCUGCCUGCCGCGCUCCGGCUCCCGCUCCCGCCCCGGCGCCGGUCCGCCUGCUCGCCAUGGCGGGGGAAGAGGCCUCCGACAGCAAGGUGUCCUUGCGGACGUUCCUGGAGCACCUGUCCGGGGCCGGCAAGGCCAUCGGCGUGCUGACCAGCGGCGGGGAUGCCCAAGGUAUGAAUGCCGCCGUCCGAGCUGUCGUGCGCAUGGGCAUAUACGUGGGAGCCAAAGUGUACUUCAUCUAUGAGGGUUACCAGGGCAUGGUCGAUGGUGGCAGCAACAUCGUGGAGGCCGACUGGGAAAGCGUCUCGAGCAUCCUGCAAGUGGGAGGGACCAUUAUCGGCAGUGCCCGUUGCAAAGCUUUCCGGACUCGGGAGGGUCGCCUGAAAGCCGCGUGUAACUUGGUUCAACGGGGCAUCACCAACCUGUGCGUGAUCGGCGGGGACGGGAGCCUCACGGGAGCCAACAUUUUCCGGAAGGAGUGGAGCGGGCUGCUGGAGGAGCUGGCCCAACACGGCGAGAUUGACAAGGAGCAGGUGCAGAAGCAUGCGUACCUCAACGUCGUGGGCAUGGUGGGCUCCAUCGACAACGACUUCUGCGGGACGGACAUGACCAUCGGCACCGACUCCGCCUUGCACAGGAUCAUCGAGGUCGUUGACGCCAUCAUGACCACCGCCCAGAGCCACCAGAGGACCUUUGUUCUCGAGGUUAUGGGGAGACACUGCGGGUACCUCGCCCUGGUGAGCGCCUUGGCCUGCGGCGCCGACUGGGUGUUCCUCCCGGAAUCGCCGCCAGAAGAGGGUUGGCAAGAGAACAUGUGCAUCAAGCUCUCAGAGAACCGUGCCCGGAAAAAGAGACUGAAUAUCAUCAUUGUGGCCGAGGGCGCCAUAGACACCCAGAAUAAGCCUAUCACCUCCGAGCAGAUCAAGGAGCUCGUGGUCACACAGCUGGGAUACGACACGCGGGUGACCAUCCUUGGGCACGUGCAGAGAGGAGGGACUCCCUCGGCCUUUGACCGGAUUUUGGCCAGUCGCAUGGGGGUGGAGGCCGUGGUCGCCCUCCUCCAGGCCACCCCGGAGACGCCGGCCUGCGUGGUGUCACUGAGCGGGAACCAGGCGGUGCGCCUGCCCCUGGUGGAGUGCGUGCAGAUGACCCAGGACGUGCAGAAGGCCAUGGACGAGAGGAGAUUCAAGGAUGCCGUGCGGCUCCGCGGCAGGAGCUUCGAGACCAACCUGAACACCUACAAGCGGCUUGCCAUCAAGUUUCCGGAUGAUCAGAUUGUGAAGAGCAACUGUAACGUGGCUGUCAUAAACGUGGGGGCGCCCGCCGCCGGGAUGAACGCCGCCGUGCGCUCGGCCGUGCGGGUGGGCAUCGCCGAUGGCCACAAGAUGCUCGCCAUCUACGACGGCUUUGAGGGCUUCGCCAAAGGCCAGGUGAAGGAAAUCGGCUGGGGGGAUGUCGGAGGCUGGACCGGCCAAGGAGGCUCCAUCCUCGGGACCAAACGCACGCUGCCCGGGAAGUUUCUGGAGGACAUCGCCCAGCAGAUGCGCACCCACAGCAUCAACGCGCUGCUCAUCAUCGGCGGGUUCGAGGCCUACUUGGGCCUGCUGGAGCUGUCAGCCGCCCGCGACAAGUACGAGGAGUUCUGUGUCCCCAUGGUGAUGGUCCCAGCCACUGUCUCCAACAACGUGCCCGGCUCCGAUUUCAGCAUUGGCGCGGACACCGCCCUGAACACCAUCACUGACACGUGCGACCGCAUCAAACAGUCGGCCAGCGGGACCAAGCGGCGCGUGUUCAUCAUCGAGACCAUGGGGGGCUACUGUGGCUACCUGGCCAACAUGGGGGCGCUCGCCGCGGGAGCCGAUGCCGCCUACAUCUUUGAGGAGCCGUUUGACAUCCGAGAUCUGCAGUCCAACGUGGAGCACCUGACGGAGAAAAUGAAGACCACCAUUCAGAGGGGACUCGUGCUCAGGAACGAGAGCUGCAGUGAGAACUACACCACGGACUUCAUCUACCAGCUGUACUCCGAGGAGGGCAAGGGCGUGUUUGACUGCAGGAAGAACGUGCUGGGCCACAUGCAGCAGGGUGGAGCGCCCUCACCGUUCGAUAGAAACUUCGGAACCAAAAUCUCCGCCAGAGCCAUGCAGUGGAUCAGCAUGAAACUGAAGGAGUCUCCGGGCAAAGGAAAAAGAUUUGUGACCGAUGAUUCCAUCUGCGUGCUGGGAAUAAGCAAAAGAAAUCUUUUCUUCCAACCGGUGACAGAGCUGAAGAAGGAAACCGACUUUGAGCACAGGAUCCCCAAAGAGCAGUGGUGGCUGAAGCUGCGGCCCCUCAUGAAGAUCCUGGCCAAGUACGAGGCCAGCUACGAGGUCUCCGACUCUGGCCAGCUGGAGCAUGUGCACCACCGAGGCCACGAGGAGCCCGCCGCCAUCUAGACGCCACCCGCCCCGCGCUGCAGUGGACUUCCAUUUGCUGCCUGGUUUUCUAGCACUUAAGUUAUUUAUCGGCACUUUUCUGCGAGUAUCGUCUACGUGAAUGCCCAGUCACGGAACCCCCGUCCUGUCUCCUCCACCCCCUCGGGCCCCGAGACUCCAGCACAAGCUGUGUUCUGUGUUCCGUACUGUCCUGCUUUACCACAUGCGUGGCCAGUAGAAUUAAACAUUGAGCUACGA